UGAAACAACAACUAAGGAGGGAAUUUUAGUGACUUGAAAGAUUGAUACUUUAGUUUUUAAAUUUAAAAAAUUGAUCAAGUUGAAUUGCCGUUGAAUCUCACGUUUGAACUCCAAAUUCAGAAGCUCUUCAACAACAGUGAUAGUAACUGACUGAAUCUGAACAAGAGCAGUCGCCUUCCAAGUUCCAACCAUUCCACCAAAACGUCACCGUUUUGAACUCAUCAAUGGUGAAGGGGCUCCACGGCCAGAACCUCCCUGCUGAUGUGACACAGGUCGUUGAUCAGCUGGAGCGCCAUUGCUUGGCUCCUGAUGGAUCUCUCAUCUCCAAGCCCCUUUACAACGAUCUCCAACUCGUAUCUCUCUCUCGUGCUAUGUUGCGUUGGUUACACUUUCAGGCAAUAUAUUCUGAGGCCAUUGCUAUGGUGGAAGAGUAUCAGCAAGCCAUUUCAAUGUCUAGCCUUGGUGGACUUCGAGAUACUGGCGGUCUUUAUCCUCAGCUUGGGUUAAGGAACUCCCCUCAGGUUUAUGAGACUUUGGAGCAUCAAUUGGUUGUGGCUGAAGCAGCCCAAAGGUUGAGGCUACCUCUUAUCUCCAAAGAUGGAGAAGUCCAUACUGAGGAUAUUGAAAAAUUGAGUGUAAUGUCUCGAAGCUCCCUUGACAGUACCAACACCAGCACCACGAACAACUCAAGCACAACUUUGAUUAAUUAUGCUACUCCAAACAGUUCAGUUACUGGGAUUAAUUCUUCCGUAUCUGCUAUGGAUUCAGUGGAAGCUGCAGUUGGUGGUGUACCUAAUCGUUUUCUUGGUAUUACACCUGCUUAUUUGCGGCAAACUCAACAUCAACAAACACCAUUAUCUGUGGAUAUGACAGAAUAUCACAUGUCACUCUCACGUGAGAUAGAGGCCCACUUGAAACUGAAAUGUGAUAAAUUGUCCAAUGCCUUUGUUUUAGAUGACAAUGAUUCUUCAUCAUCAGGAAUUCAAAGUUCAAGUUCUCGGCUUCCAGAAAGGGUCAAGCUGUUGAUUGAGGAGAUUGAAAGAGAAGAAGCUGCACUGCGAGAUGAUCUAUAUUCUGCAGAUAGGAAAUUUGCUGAAUAUUAUAAUGUCUUAGAGCAGAUACUUGGAGUGCUUAUCAAACUUGUUAAGGAUUUGAAGUUGGAUCAUCAGCAUAAACAUGAUGAGCUGCAGAAGACGUGGCUCUGUAAAAGAUGUGAGACCAUGAGUGCAAAAUUGAGGGUUCUGGAACAUAUUCUCCUGCUUGAAACUUAUACAAAGGACUCUAUACCCGCGCUUCAUAAGAUAAGGAAAUAUCUUGUUGAGGCAACUGAAGAAGCAUCGAUUGCAUAUAAUAAAGCAGUAACUCGCUUGCGUGAAUACCAAGGUGUUGAUCCUCACUUUGACAACAUUGCAAGGCAGUAUCAUGACAUCGUAAAGAAAUUGGAGAAUAUGCAAUGGACAAUCCACCAAGUUGAAAUGGAUCUGAAACGUUUACCAGAUAACACCACCAGUUAGGAGUUUUUAUUCAUUUGGCCUCUUAACAGUGGUUGGUUUGAUUUCUGUAAAUGGUAAAAAGUGUAUAUUGUUUGGUUAUAUGACUCUGCAGUGAUUGUUACUUGUCACCGAUGAUUUAGAAUGAUGUCUUACAUCUUCUCAAGAUUUUGUGCAAUUUUCAAGUUGUGUGCUUUAAACAUUUCCCAGGAAUGAUUCUCAAUUUUUGUAGAAAGGGGAAACAUAACUUUUGUACUUUAAUAUUGAGAUUAUAUUAAUCCAUUACCUCAAAUUAAA